ACCGGAAGAGAUCGUCACUGAAGGGAGAUAACUUUCUACCCGAUUGUGAUGGUCAGUUGGAAGACUCGUUGCACGAUGAGCUCCAAGAAGAAGUCCCUGUCCGGCAAGGAAUCUCAGUACUUCAUGGACCCUAAACUGAUCCCCCGCGUCCGGCAGUAUUUAAACAAUCACAGUUCCUUGAAAAGCUUCAGCAUUGGUACAAUGGCUCGAGAGUUGCAGACAAUGUACGGAGAUUAUGCCAGAAAGAAACGGAUAGCUUUUUUGAAAUCUGUAGAGAAAGCUUACCAAAUCAUCUGUGAUGAUGAUCACUCCUCUGACGAAGGGGACGACUAUACAAUGCAACUGGAGAAGAAACAUCUUUUAAAUAAAUCAAAUUACAAGUACGCAGACGAUUGUAUUGACAUAGAGAGUGACACGACAGAUAAGAGUUUCUCUUCUGAUAACACAGAUUACGUCUCCUUUAAGGACACAAAUAUGAUGAAUAAUUUUAUGACCAAAGCGUAUCAAGGACAUUCUAAGAAACAUGUCAGAGAUGACAAGAAUGCAUCAUUUAUGGACGUCUCCCCUCGUCCGAAAACAACUGCUCUGCCACAGACCACUCCACUGCUCAAAUCAUCUCAGCCUUCACCCUCAUCGUCAUCAAUGUCAGCAUCUUAUUUACAGUUACAGAAUGGGAUUCCAUCUAGCCUUACUGUGAAUUCACCGCUGGGUUUGCACCAGCGCACUCCACAACAGCAGCAAAUCUCACCCGUCUUGCCGCCGCCGCCGCCUUCGUCUUCAUCGUUUGUAGGGAGCAGUACACCCUUGGUGACGACCACUCCCAGAACUACGUUGCACUCGAUGCCAAAGUCUUUCAAGAACCACCAUUCAUACUCCGCUGAGUCAUUUCAUCAUAUGAAGGGUCAGAAGUCACUGUCGGCCAUCUCCAACAGCGGUCGGAUCCCGCACGCUAAAUCGGUAGAGCGGAAAAAGAAGAUUUUAGUGAGAACUCCUGAAGAACGUGGUUCCGUUGAGAAAACCCCAGUGGAUGUCAGUGCUACAACCUCACGGCCGAAACGAAUACGAAGUAGUGAAUCAAAAUAUAAUGAACCUGAACAAAAACCAACCAAAAGUGAUGAUUAUGGUUUCGAAUAUUCUACAGUGACAUUUGCUGAUGUUGGUGGCAAUGAGAAAUGUCUAAUGGAAAUCUGCACGAUUCUUUCUCAUAUGAAACAUCCUGAAAUUUACCGUCAACUUGGUAUCACCCCACCCAGGGGCAUUCUUUUACAUGGACCACCUGGUUGUGGUAAAACACUCUUGGCAAAUGCCAUUGCAGGGGAACUUGAAGUGCCAUUCUUAAAAUUAGCUGCUACGGAGCUUGUUUCUGGGGUGUCUGGAGAGUCUGAACAAAAAAUGCGACAGAUUUUUGAGAAAGCCAGAACCAAUGCUCCGUGUAUAUUGUUCUUCGAUGAGAUUGAUGUGAUAACUCCAAAGAGAGAGACCGCUUCCAAAGAUAUGGAACGACGGAUUGUGGCUCAACUAUUAACCUGUCUGGAUGACUUGAAUGAUGUAAAGAAAUCUCCUGACAAUGUCUUGGUUAUUGGUGCUACAAAUCGGCCUGACUCAUUAGAUCCAGCUUUACGGAGAGCCGGCAGGUUUGACCGAGAAAUCUCUUUAGGAAUUCCUGACAAAGUAGCCAGACAAAGGAUUCUACAGGUGCUGUGCAAGAGCCUUAAGCUGUCUGACAACUUCAGCUAUCCUCAACUGGCCCACAUAACUCCUGGUUUUGUCGGAGCUGAUCUUAGUGCCUUGUCGAGGGAAGCGGCUAUGGUUGCUAUAAACAGAGUUUUUAAAGACAUCCAAAAGAGAAAAAAACUAAAAAUGGACAUAGAGCCAACAAAAAUGGACCAGAGUAUUAACAACUCACUGAAGACAAACAAGGAAUUAGAAUGUUCUACAGAGUAUGGUAUUAGCAGUAAUCCUCUAUGGGCCGUACCAGCCAUACCCUUAAUGUCCGAAGAACUGCUGUUAGCUCUCAGCUGGCUCAGAGAAGAACCUCCUCUGUCUCCUGCCGAACUAGAAGGCGUUUUUAUUACAAUGGACGAUUUUAUGGAAGCAGUGAAAUUAGUACAACCGUCAGCCAAGCGAGAAGGUUUUGCUACCAUUCCUGAUGUCACAUGGGAUGAUAUUGGUGCAUUGCAUAAUAUUCGUGAAGAAUUGAAGCUUGCUAUAUUGGCUCCUGUUAAAUACCCUGAAAGAUUCAAGUCCCUUGGUUUAACGAGGGCUCCUGGAAUCUUAUUGGCUGGACCUCCAGGCUGUGGAAAGACAAUGUUAGCUAAAGCCAUUUCUAAUGAAUCGGGAAUAAAUUUCAUAUCUGUCAAAGGACCAGAAUUGCUUAACAUGUACGUCGGUGAGAGUGAACGAGCUGUCCGCCAAGUCUUUCAAAGAGCCAGGAAUUCUGCACCCUGCGUCAUCUUCUUUGAUGAAUUGGACUCCUUAUGUCCUCGACGAUCUGAAAGCGGCGAGGGUGGUGCUAGUGCUCGGGUAGUCAAUCAGAUGUUGACAGAGAUGGACGGUCUUGAAGAAAGAAAGCAAGUAUUUGUGAUGGCAGCCACAAACAGACCUGAUAUUAUUGAUCCUGCAAUUUUACGACCUGGUCGAUUGGAUAAAACUCUUUAUGUGAGUUUUCCUUCUGAAUCCGACAGACUUGAUAUCCUCCGGACAAUUACAAAGGAAGGGACCAAACCCAAGCUGAGUGACAAAUCUCUCCUGGAAACCAUAGCUAAAGACACUCGCUGUACUGGUUUCUCUGGUGCCGAUCUUUCCUCGUUGAUAUGUGAAGCCAGUGUCAGUGCCAUGAAAGAAAGCAUCAUGAAUUGUCCGCAUGAAGACUCCAAGAACUUCCCUGUUCUCAUGGUAACAAACAAACAUAUAGAAACUGCCUUCACAAAAGUGAAGCCUUCAGUUUCAGCAAAGGAUCGACAGACUUGGUUGAGAUUAUAGUUAUAAAAUAAUAUUCUGCUUAAAGAAAAAGGAAAGGCUGUUGUUUUUAAUUUAUUUGUUGGUUCAUUAAUAUAUAUACAUAUAUAUAUAUAUUUUUCAUAUGUUUAUUUAUAUUAAAUGUGUAAAUGUCCCUGAUGAGUUGUUGUUGUUAAUAAGAUGAUAAUUUUAUUGUGGCAGAAUUGUUGGAAUGUUGGACAAAAUACACUCUGGUACUUUGGUUGUGUGGUAAUGAGUUU